AUGGAGCAGUCGCUAGCCGAUAGCGCGCUGCGCGGGUCGGAGCGCCGGCCGCCAGCGGAGCCCUACGCCGCGCGUCCUCGCGACGCUUAUCGUCGAUGCCUUGCCGAUUGGCGGAGUGAAGUGUUUGCGAUGCCGAUACGAGCCGCGGGGACCAAUCGAUACCCUGUUUCAUCGAAUCUUAUCACAAUCAUGGUGGACAUUCAUACCUCUUGUCAGUUACCUGAUAUCGUAUCAAAAGAUAUCAUCGAGUGUAUAAAUAUGGGACCAUCGAUCGAUCGAGUCUCUAUCGAAGUUUGCGCUGUGAUUAAGAUUGACAACCGACGAGUUCGGUGUCCUCGUGUGUGGAGCCCCAGGAGUUAUGCCGAGGACGCAUUGUCUCUGAGGUUCAGUGCUGAACUGUUCGCACAAGGCGCGUGCGUCGCAGUGUUUAAUAGAAACGUACCAAAAAGUGUCACUGUAAUAAUAAGCGAUGAUUACGUAAUGCCAUAUGGUGGUCCGAUGGCACAUGUGCGAGCCGAUCCCAUCACGCCGACGUGUCGUCGAGAUGGUGCGACGGUGUAUCUCGGCGUGCUCCGAGUGAGAUCGGAGAGAGUGUCGCGUCGCUCGGCCGACGGCCCGGAGCCCGGCCGCGGCCGGGGCCUGGGCGCGCCAUGGACGCCGCCGCCGACCCGCUGCGAGCGGCCAGGCCGUGAGUAUCGAGUCUCCGCCGCCCCGUCCUCCAGGCACCACGAGCCCGUCCCGUGGAUUAUUUCGGUCCCCGCGAGCUCGUCCGACGUUGCGAAACCGUGCGCGAUAGUUUCUCGCUUUAACGCAGAGUCGACAUUCUCUCGGUGUUGCAGCGUCACGGCCUCCGCGACGUUGCGCCAUUGCGAGCGCUCGGGUCGCCGUGCCGCGGCAGGGCGGCAGGGCGCCGCCGUCGAUAGCGAUCUCGUAGCGCGGCGGCCGAGCGUGACCGCUCCGCCGCCGCGCCGCGGGCCGCAGUGCUCAUGUCGUCCUCACGUCGCGUACGGACAGCCGCCUCGUAAAUCACGUUCGUGUUUACAAUUUCGCGGAUUGCACUACUGCACUCGCGUCGCCCUUUGUGCGAGGGCAGCGCGAGAGGGCUCGCUCGCUAGGUGCAUAUAUGCCGUGCUCUACACA